AUAAUCUUCGAGUGUAGGCGGGGCCAGCGGCGAAUAACGGAACAGGGAAUCUGCUGUUGGGUCUGUCUCUGUAACAGUUAACAGAUCUACGCGUUUAUCAUUAUGUGACAAGUGAACUGGGACAUAUGGCCACGUCUAUGGUAUAAAGUGGGCGUCACUGAUGCUACCUGAAUGUCUGUUUUUCCGCAGACAGUGACAUGUCUCUGGCUCAGAGGGUUUUACUGACCUGGGUUUUUACCCUGGUCUUCCUCAUUAUGUUGGUACUCAAACUGGACGGGAAGGUUCAGUGGAACUGGUUCCUCAUCUUCCUCCCCGUCUGGGUGUUCGAUGGUAUCCUCAUCCUCAUGCUGGCUAUUAAGAUGGCCGGACGCUGCAAACCAGGCUACGACCCACGGAAUGGCUCUCCAGACCUGCGUCUGAGGGCGUGGUACCUGACGGCCAUGCUGCUCAAACUGGGCUUCUGCCUGACUCUGUGUGCCAAGCUGGAGAAACUGGCCGACGUGAAGCUGUCAUUUGUGUGUAUCCCACUUUGGACCAUGCUGUUGGGAGCCCUGGUGGAGCUGGGCCUCAAUAUCUUUCCUGAAAGAAGAGAGGCCUGAGGGAAGCAAGAGGGACAAAACAACUGUAUGACCGUGACUUUGUGAAAGAAUAGGCUGUGAUUUGAUUGAAAGAGGACUGAGGUGCAACAAUCAUGAAUCAUGGACUGUAAAAAAAUCAAAGUAAUAGAUCUCACGUCUCACUGACGUAAGCUGUGAAGGUUAGAGGCAGAGGUUGGAGUCUGUCACUUGUGGUCUGUAUGAAGAUGACAGGAAUAUUUAUUUAUAUUUGAGUGUACUGGUACUAGACAGAAAUCCAAUGUCUUAAUAUUAAAAUCUAGGCCUUAAGACCUAAAUUACAAAAAUCCAAAUGAUGGAUUAGAUUUCAAACUGUGCACUGAAAAUAAGAAAUGGUUGGUUGUGACAGACAUCUCACUCAGUGGACACCUGCUGCUUCAUUUGCUUUACAUUGUUGCAGCAACUUCUUUUUCUCAAAACUUUUUGAGCUGAUCCUGACCCUCCCAUCCCAACUUCUUUUAUGGGUUUACAUAACCACAGGCGUCCUUUACUGCCAUCUAGUGGGUUUAUUUCCUAUAAGAAAGAAAUGAGAAGAAGAGUGCAAUAUCCCUGCACAUGAAUACACAAUUAUCUCCUAGUAGCCAUUUUAAAAAUGAAGAGAUUUUGUAAUGUAAUAGAACUUUUUAGUUGUUGUUUAUUUUCAGAAACGACUGCAUAUUCUGCCGUUAAAACAGCUCAAAAUAUUUUCAAAAAAUGUACAU